UGUUUUCGUGAGCGUCGCUGCAUACUCCACUCCGAUUCUUGUUGUUCACUUGGUUGUUUGUAAUCAGUUGAUUAGGCACGGUUAACCAUAAAAGGACGCUCUAGCCGCAUUUGGGCAAAUGCAAUUUGCUGCUUGUGCUGAUGUGACUAAGAAAAACAGCUGAGCGGAUAGUACAGCAAAUUAGUUUAGUCAAAAUACGCGCAAAAACACAAUAGAGAAAUUGAGGAAAGGGCGCAACAAUUGCAGGCAGCGGGCAGUGAAACGAACAAAAGGCAGUCAGUCGGCAACAAGGAGAAACGCAAACAGAAACAAGAAAGAACAAGCAAAAUGACGGACGAAUGCAUAAUAAGAACCUUUAGCGCUGUCGGCAACGGCGGCGGCCACAACAACAAUGCCGAUACCAUCGAUGCAAAGGGAGAAUCCAGCGUUGGCUCAACAGCAGCAGAAGAAGGGGGUGGUGCAGCCGUCGUCGCGAUGAACGUUAAUAAAUAUGUAGCUCGUAUGCCCACGGAGCGUAACGCCAGGGAAUAUAAUAUGAAUCACAAGAAGCGCGGAAUAGCAGUGAUCUUCAAUCACAAAUCGUUCGAUAUACCAUCGCUGUCGGUGCGCAACGGAACGAAUUUGGACUGUGAGGAGCUGCGCAAGGCUUUCGAGAAUUUGGAAUUUGAAGUGUCGGUGCAUAAUGAUUGCAAAUUCCGCGAUAUACUCAAGCAUACGGAAAAGGCGUCGGAGAUGGAUCACAGCGACAACGAUUGCAUUGCAAUUGCGAUCUUAUCGCAUGGCGAACACGGCUACCUCUAUGCCAGGGAUGUGCAGUACAAACUGGACAACAUUUGGCACUAUUUCACAGCGCAAAUAUGUCCAUCGCUCGCCGGCAAACCCAAAUUGUUCUUCAUACAAGCGUGUCAGGGCGAUCGAUUCGACGGCGGCAUAAUACUGGAAAAGUGCGUCACUGAAACGGAUGGCGCAUCCUCGAUGAGCUACAGAAUACCCGUACACGCCGACUUUCUAUUCUCAUAUUCAACAAUUCCAGGUCACUAUUCGUGGCGCAACCCUGAACAGGGCUCGUGGUAUAUACAAUCGCUCAUCAAAGAACUGAAUGCCAAUGGCAAAAAGGAUAAUAUUCUAGACUUGCUCACAUUUGUCAGUCAGCGUGUUGCCAUCGAUUUUGAGUCGAACGUGCCAAUGCGGCCAAUUCAAGAUCGCCAAAAGCAAAUUCCGUGUCUGACGUCAAUGCUAACACGUAUUCUGCGCUUUAACGACAAACUACCAACGAAAAAUUAGACCCUUAGAAGCUUUUUGCUACACCAAGAUCACCUAACUUGCCUCCCACCUGGAUUCUUUCCUGGAUUAGUUUUUAAGUUUACCAAUUAGUGCAAAACUGACAUCGCCAUUUGUUUUGGGUGACGACAGGACCCAAGAUUCACCAUUCACCUCUUCCAUUGCCAUUUGUCUUAUAUAUAAUACAUACACCAAUAUAUUUGUACAUUAAUAAUCGACAAGCAUAUGCAUAGAUAAGAUAAAUCGUGAACAACACAUAUAUAUAAACAAUAAUAAAUAUAUAUAUAUUUGAUAUAUACACACAUAAAUAAACGAAAAUGAAGUGCAAAUUGAAAAGAAA